AUGUCUCCCAAGGUUCCUCUACAAGCACCCUAUGAAGGUGCCCUUCAACGUGGAAAGGCAUGUCUUAGUUGUAGACGUCGUAAAAUGAAAUGUGACGGCGAACGCCCGCAUUGCACUCAGUGUAUACGAGGAAAUCGUGCUGAUGAUUGCGAGUAUACCGAUAAUCAGGGACGGACGCGAACACAGAUGCUCGAAGAGCAUGUUGCUCUUCUUCAAGCCCGUAUACACGAACUCGAAGAUCCUCGAAUUGCUUCUCAGUCGGUUCGCUUACACGAUCCAUACAUUGCAACCCGGACGCCUGGUGCUCAGAAUCCUAGGCCUCCGAAUGCGUCUUGGUGGGAAUCGGAAGAACCCCCUGCACAGAUCACCGACAUGCUCGUAGGAACAUUCAUGCCACAUGCACCAGCGCUUGGAUUUGCUCUCUGUCCUGUCCGUUUCCUUUCCAACUUGAGACUUCCAACAAACCAUCCGGACAAGCCUCAUCCAGCACUGCUACAUGCUGUUUUCCUAUGGGCAUUGCACUUGUCAAAAUGUAACGACUUUAUGCAAUACGAAAAUCUAUACCUUCAGCGAUCUAUCUUAGCAUUACAAGAUGCCUUGGGAAAUGAAGUCAGACUAGAAGAUUGGAUGCUCGCUCGACGUCGGGUACAUGCAAUACAGGCGGAAGUGCUACUGGCACGGUAUUUCUUCAGCCUCGGUCGAUUACUUGAAGGCCGGUAUCACGCAAACGCCGCGGUUUCACUCGCCGUUAGUUCUGGGCUGCACAGCUUACGGCUACUGUCUUCUCGCGGAUCGAGUGAGUCGUCUUCACGAUCGAAGUUUGGAAGGUUGGAGCUAGUCGCGCCGAGGGAUGAACUCGAAUAUGGAGAACGCGUUCGUGUAUUUUGGGCUGUAUACGUUCUGGAUCGUUGUUGGAGUGCAGUGCUUGAUGUGCCAUGUGUACUUACAGAUGAUGCAGCCCUGGGCACACAGAUUGAUAGUGAUUGGCCACUAGAAAUAGGCGACUAUGAGCGGUUAAGUGGUAACCCCUCUGGUGCUGCGCAGAGUGAUAGAACAAUACAACGAUUUCUAUCUGGAGAGCCGCCGAAAGUUCGAGACGAUGGCUCCCCAUCACAAGAAACCUUUCGAGUGAUGGCAUCUGCAGUGUAUGAGCGGGCCACCAGGCUUUCUCACCAGUGGUUCUCCCAAUUGUCAUCCAAAAGCUCGAGUAGGUUAUCACUACGUACGGAGAUCCAGUCAAUUGCGCGUCUUACAAUGCAGUUCGCUCGGAGACUGACUCCAGUUGAUCAGCUUUCGGUGGAUGAGCAAGAGGGACAAGUGUUGUUGGUCGUGCAUGCGCUUGCCCACGCGUCGAUGCUGACUCUGCAUCGUGUAAAGGCAUCCGAAGCGCCCGCCGGAGAUAUGAGCGCAAUCAAUUCCGCUCUUGUACACGCCACCGAAAUCGUUCAGAUUAUAGAGAAGUUCGGCGAGGAGGAUUCGGCGCCAAUCAACCCUAUUCUUGCAGUUCUCGGGUUUUCUGCUGCGCAAAUUUUUGCACAAGAGGAGCAGCGCAUGUAUCAGAUUUCGGAGAGGCGUGAGCUAUCGCCGACAUCGUCCAACCGCUUUGUUUCGCUUCGUGCGAGCAUUGCCCGGAUCACAGAAGCACUUCGCCGUUGUUCAGGCUCAUCCGACACCGGGGAUAUAUUCAGUCAACAAGUCGAUAAACUAUUAGAAAUUACGGGCGAUCAGUGA